AUGUCAAAGUUAACAACCGUAUCUGUAGCACAGUGGAACACCAAAGCUACUUUCCACGUGUUAAGAUGUUUCCAAAUUUGCUUAUCUCUAACUAACUUGUUGUUAGCCAGUUUUGCCAUAAUCACAAAUUAUAGGGUGGAUCGAAUCCUUAGAUUAAGCUUAGCUGUUUCAAUUAUAUCUUCAGUUUAUUUUGGGAUCAUGAGAUUUUUACCUGUUUUGUUAAUAUUCGCAGUGGAAAUUGUUCAGACUAUCCUGUGGUUCACUGCUUUCGUGACUCUGACUUCGAAGUUUGGUUCUAUGUCCUGCUCAAGUAUGCCACGGGGUAUAAACUUCGACUAUUCAGGUUCUUGCAAGAUUACUAAAAUAGCUAUUUUGCCAGAAGCCAUUUUAUUUAUACUAUUUCUCGCAACCACAUAUGCCUCUUAUUUCACUGUCCUAUCUCAAGCUAGGGAAAGAGGGUCAAGCACGAGAUUCAUUUUGAAGGCUUGUGUGAAGGCAUUACGCGACAUUGUGGAGCGUUUGGAGAGUAGCCUUGAGGAAAGUGAACCUCUGUUGGAUCUCGAAGUUCAAGGAGAUGCAAAAGUUGAAACCAAAGACAUUGAGAAUUCAACUGUCAGUGAGGAUAAUGCCCUCAUCGAACCAGGUAAGAAGAUCGAUGGCUCAAUCGAGCCUUCUGAACGUUGA